AUAGACUUUUUACAACAAUAAAUUCUUAUUCCGCAGAAACAUGGCGGGCGCCGUGAACGUAGGAAAAAAAUGAGACUGAGAGACGAAUAACAGCAUCAAUAAAUCAUUCUCGUCCAAUGUUGUUCCCGGGAGAUUUCUGAUGGAUGAAAUUAAGCACUUCCAUCUCCAUCUCCCACCUGAUCGCGCGCGUAUAAAUCCCAGCAGCUGAUCAGCAGAGCUCAGACAUCAAACCAACCCCGCGCGAGCAGAGACGACAGCGGACACCUCUCUCUCUUUAACAUUAACAACCGCUCCUCCGGAAACGUGCUCGUAUUUAAAGCUGCCCAUUUUUGGAGCGCUUCCAUUUGGGUCUGAGCGCACUCUGACACGCGGCUCCUGGAGGCGGAUCUGCUGCUGCUGCUGCUGCUGUCCAGUGCUGAACUUGCAUUUCGCCUGUGCGGAACGGCUUGCGCACAGUUGAAGCUCCGGAGCUUCCGCGUCUUUCCCCCCGCUCAGGUGUUUGACUUUCAGCCCUGCAGGACCAACUCUUUUAUUGUGCGGUGGAUAGAGCGUGGAUAUCGUGCUGGAAGAGGCUUUCCGCUCUGCGCUCUAAACAUGCCAAGGUCUUUUUUGGUGAAAAAGGUGAAGCUAGAUGAUUUCUCAUCCACUGAACUUGAGAGCGUGUACGGCAGGUCCAGGACCGAUCUUAGAUUUCGGAUACACGACAAAGGCUACAUCAGUGACUACAUCACCCCGGCCGUUUACGAUGGAGAAAGUGACGGUGGCACCAAAGUACCUUCUCCAGGACCGAUUUACGACAGUAACCACAGCGACUACGGGGCACCUGACUCGGACCAGCCUGACAGCCCACAAUCCGAGAUCACAUCCGGGUACAUCAACGGUGACAACGCGGUGAGCGAAGGUUACGCCGUGGACGCGUUCUUCAUCACAGAUGGCAGGUCCCGUCGGAAAGUGCUCACCGGCUCGCGGACCCUCCAGCGGCACACGUGCAAUGAAUGUGGCAAAACCUACGCGACGUCUUCCAACCUGAGCAGGCACAAACAGACGCACCGGAGCCUGGACAGCAAAAUGGCCAAAAAGUGCCCGACAUGUGGGAAAGUCUACGUGUCCAUGCCAGCCCUGGCCAUGCACCUGCUUACCCAUGACCUCAAGCACAAGUGUGACAUAUGUGGGAAAGCGUUCAGCAGACCUUGGCUACUGCAGGGCCACAUGCGCUCUCACACAGGUGAGAAGCCCUUUGGAUGUGCACACUGUGGAAAAGCAUUCGCCGACCGUUCCAACCUGCGGGCGCACAUGCAGACCCACUCCGCAUUUAAGCAUUUCAAAUGCAAGCGAUGCAACAAAACUUUCGCGCUCAAGUCCUACCUGAACAAGCAUUACGAGUCAGCGUGCUUUAAAGGGGCGUUCUCACCACUCGCGUCCAUCGAGGCAUGACUUCCGGUCUAUAAAGCACUCACUCCCUCGUCACGUGUUAGGAUGAUUACGCUAUCUUACCCAGUUAUGUCUCACAAUCAAAAUGAAACCCAGUAAUAGCACAAUUUUCUCUAUUUUUUUUUUCUUCUUGCAAAGCUGACCUUAAAGGAAUAUGGAACCUUCGCAUGCACUUCAGCACCCGUGUCCUCAAAUGACGUUCAGACAGUUAACCUCGGCCCUGCGCAGUGCUUGACUAUGACUUGCGUCGAGUGAAGAUUUGAGUGACACCAUGUUCCUCAUUAAAAUAAAACUCUUUUGUAUUGUCAGUGGAUAUUAUCAAACUGCUGCAAGUGGCCCAAACAUAUUCACAAUUGAGGUAAACCGGUAUUAUUUAUUUAUUUAUUUUUAAUAUAUUUAUUUUUUUGUUUGUCUGGUUUUAUUACUUCAUCUAGGAUGUAUGAUUCUCUAUGAUACACUGAAAGUGUGCUUGUCAUGUAUUUAUUUAUUUUAGUGAUUCAUUUGGCCUUUUUCUUUCUCAAUAACGUUGCCUUUUGGGUUACGCCAGUCUUAUUAACAUGCCAAAGCAUUUAGAUCCAUGGUAAUAAUUGUAUGUUGUUUUUAGUUGUUUGUUUUUUAUUUGAUUAUUAUUUUUGUAUACCUACUUAAUGCAUGCAAAAAGAAAAGAAAAGAAAUCUAUGCCAAUACCACAAAGCUUAUAAUUUUGCCAAAAUGUAGAGAUAGUAUCAGGGGGCAAUAUUUCUAGGGGUUCUCAUAAGAAUAUAAAAAGCAAUAAUCAUAAUGCAUGGUAUUUUUGAAAGUAAUAAAGUAUUACCUAUAGCAGUUUUUUCUAAAUCAGGUACGUUUUGAUCCAAUACUCUUAAUAAACAUUUAAAAAUACCACAUCAGGGAAAAUGCCAGUGUAGAGUUUAGUGAGACGAAAUCCAUAAGUCAAAACCAUCUUUCUUUGCUCUCUGCUUAUGCACUGCCUGCCUCGAAUUUAAACGUAGAUUUAGGAUGUAGGCCCAAAGUGCUGUAACUCCACUCUAAGCAAUUCAGAACCAUUCUCUAGAAGUGUGGAACAUGUAAUGGUUUUUCUGAGGUUAACUCAAAGGGACACGCAAAGACAAGAAAAGGACAGGAGCGAUAGGAAGGUGUACCAUCUGCAUAGCCGUUCUGUAAUGCACUCACACUGCAUUUCCUGCUCAGCUCAGACGCUUUAUGAUUUUCUCCAGUUUGGGUGUCCCUGAGGUUGAAAGCACUUCAUUGUAGAAAUCCUUAAAAAGUAGCACAAAAACCCUAGAUUCAGGUAGAUGUUACCUAGCUCUAUCUUCCUUUUUUAUACCUCGAAAGAGGAAUAAAAGCUCAGUUUGUGAGAUGAUCUUCAUGUAGAUACUCAUUUGAAGAGGAAAAAACUUUUUACUGUAGAUUAAUCCACUCAACCUGUUCAAGAAACAAACAAACAAAAAAAUGUCCUGCGACUUUUUGAGCCAAUGUUCAAAUGAUGUAAGCACAAGACACAAGGCAUUUUAAGCACUUCAUAAUAAAGGCAAAGUAAACAAAACCAA